UCCUUAUAUUUUUUCGGUACGUGAAAAGUGGCUCAUUUGCCUAUUUUAUUUUAUUUUAUUAGUUUAUUUUUUUAUUUUAUUUUAUUAAAUACAGCAAAGUAAAAAAGCACCUAGGCUGCAUUAAAAUGCACCUUAUUGACAUCUUGUCCAAUGACUACGUCUACCAGAAUCCUUUGCGCUCCUCACUCAUCCGCGUGUUUUCCGGAUGACGUUGCCAGGAAAAUAGGGCGUUCUUAAAGGCGCAGACGAGCCGCGCGCAUCUGCAGAAGUGGGUAAAACGGGAAGAAAAAAGGGCGUUUUGACUUUAGAGUCAGAGUAGAAACGUGACGAAGUGUGCAUAGGCUCGUGCGUUCGGUGAAAAGACCACUGCUCCGGUGACACGUACGUUCCAUUUUCUGUUGGCGGGGUUUCAAAGUGGCCGCAAACCUUUUGUUUUUGUCGUGAUUUCGUGCAACAUAUUAAGAGUCAAAGGUCACGUUCUUUUUCCCCCCACCCACAAAGGAGAUAUGGCAAAAUUAUUCCGUGCUGCUAUCCUGGGACCCCCAGGAUCAGGAAAAGGCACGAUAUCAAAGAGGAUUGCGCAAAGCUUUGGCCUGCAAUAUGUGUCCAGUGGCGACCAUUUACGCCAGGGCUUACCGGCCAACACAGAGGCAGGGUUGCAGAUGAAAACCUACAUCGAGAGAGGCCUCUCAGUCCCUGACCACGUCGUAACCGGACUGGUUCUCCCCAAACUGGAACAGCUGAGCAGCCACAGCUGGCUGCUGGAUGGAUUCCCUCGAACGCUGACACAGGCUCAGGUGCUGAACAAUCUGUACCAGCUGGACUUGGUCAUCAGCCUCAACAUCCCCUACGAGACGCUGAAGGACCGACUGAGUGACCGCUGGAUCCACCCCGCCAGCGGGAGAGUUUACAACAUGAGCUUCAACCCUCCACGAGUGCAGGGGAAGGAUGACAUCACCGGGGAGCCGCUGAUUCAGCACGACGACGACAAGCCUGACGCUCUGAUGUCCAGACUGAGGCAAUACAAGGAAGUGGCAAAGCCUGUCAUAGAUUUGUACAAGGCAAAAGGAAUCCUUCACUCGUUUUCCGGAACGGAAACCAACAGAAUUUGGCCUUACAUCAACUCUCUCCUCAGCACCAAGCUGAACAGACAGCCAUCCGAUGCUCAGCAAAUGCCCUGACACCGCUUUGAUUGUUAGUAAGCGGGCGCCGUCCUCAUCAAAUGCUGGAGGGGGUUCAUAAACAGUUUAUUUUUUGGUUUCUUUUUAUAAAAUCUUUUGUGCAAAUAUUGUCUACAGCUUUAUAUUCAGGUUGUUCAGAAUUCCAGACUCUAAAAAGUGGAGGAUUCAAAAGUUGUGUUUUUGAAUACUAAAAUAACAGUGUGGAUGCUUCAUUUGGGACCAAAAACAGACCGUUGGUAGUAAAAAUGUGACACCAAAUCUUUGAAAAAGAGCAAGUCUUUGGGUUACAGCAGAACCUCGUCUGCUCUGUGAUUGAUCUUUGACAAUCUUGUUGCUUUUUUUUUUUUUUUCAAACUUAUGCAAGACUUUGAGCUAAAAAGCAAACUUUCCUACCAAAUCAUCUGUUAAGAACAUAGGAAUAUUUCAAUUUGGAGCUUUACUGGCUCAGGAACUCCUCCGUUUCAGAGUCGGGAUUAGAUGUGUCCUUGUCUUCUCGCUGAAGGCUCGAAGAGGCCUUGGCUGUCAUUCUGUGACCUCACUGUAAACUCAAAAUGUUGUUACAUUCCUUUAAAUAUACUCUAAUGUUGCCUUAAGAUUUUCCAUCUACUGUAUGACAUAUGAAAUGUUUUGGAAUACUUUUGUCAGCUUAGUUUCACUUUGCAGCAAUAAGAGGUCAUUUUUUUUUUUUUUAUGAUGAUGAUGAUGUAGUUGUGUGUGUCUUUUUUCAUUUUGUUAUAGAAUGAACAAAAAGUUGUGGAUUUUGCUUUGAAUCUUUUAGUGAGAAUGAGCGGAGGUUUUACAGAGAGAAGUUCUCUCCGUUUAGAUUCUAUCAGUAGAAAGUUUGUAUUUUGUGAUUCUCUUUCUAGUGAGCAACAGACCAAAUGACAUAAAACUACUCAUAGCUCCUGUGCAAAAGCAGUUCAUCACAUUCAAGUAAAACAAAAUAUUUUUUUGACUAGAAUAUAGUGUGGUUCUACAAAUCAGAAGUUUUUUUUUUUUGUUUGUUUGUUUUUAAAAUUUACUCGGAUGUUUGCGAUUCCAGAACUGUAGGUGUCUGCGCUGUGUAGAUAGGAUUAUUAGUCAUUCUGAUCUUUGGAUGGAAGCACAUGAAAUGAUCAUAUGAUGAAGUGGCAGUGUGUAGUGGUGAAGCAGUAUACUCUCAGUGUGGAUUCUUUUGUGUUGGACUGUUCAUUUCAAUGCUAUCUCUGUGGCCUCCACUGACUGGUUGAUUAUGCAUGAAGAAGGUCUGGCUUUGUAUCAGAAACUUGAAACGUGUUACAUUCCAGCAACAAUAAAACUGUUGUUCUACGGCUACUUUUGUUUUUGAUUGCUCUUUG